AUGGCCACGCCGGCGGUCAGCAUCAUCCACGGCAGCAACGACACCAUCCAUGACUUGUAUGGAUUUACCAAGGCCAUGUACGAGUGGAUCUCUCUCAUGAUGGCUGGGACCAAGACUUUAGGCCCUCAUCCAAGGGGCGAUGAUGGUGACAGGCCGCCUCGUCCUCCUAGACAGGACAAAGGCAAGGCAGUGGAGCAGCCGCGUCAGAAGAAGCAGAAGCACCCCGACAGACAGACACAACAGUCUAUUGAGGUUGCAGCAACAACAAAGGCCGCAAAGUGUGGAGGCAACAAUGAUUCGCUUUACCCGACAGAGCCUCAGCAGCAGCCGGAGCCUGGCUUAGGCAGCAGGUCGCAUCACAGAGCGCGGGACGACUCAGAUGUCCCACCUACAGAGGCAGAGGAGGAGAGCAGGUCGCGCUGUAGAGGGCAGGACGAUGCAGAGGUCCCACCUACAGAGGAGGAGGAUGGUCUGCCACCUUGCCACGUCGACCUCCGUGGUGCUUCAACUAGCAGAGUCAAGCGAUACCGUCUUGCCUCACUUGACCAGUGGUUCCCCGAGCAGCGGGAUGUCAGGGCAGGUGAUAGCUUUUACACUACUCUCCAGGCCUCUUUCUUCAGGACCUUUGAGUCAGAGAGGAUAGCAUUGCGCUCUCACAGGCUCUUGCAGUUGGGUUUCUUGAGAGCUGCAGCUGGUUCAGAGGAGAUACAACAACACAUUGAGUACCUGCCUGGCUUAGAGGCGCUUGUGACAAGACCAGGGCUCACCCGAGGCACGUUAGCACCCUUCAGGCAUCUUCUCAGCAUUUUGGAGUUUACAGACCUACUCACACCGGCGACGCUCGCCGUGGCAGCAGGGUUCUCAGAAAGGUUCGCAGAGGCUUGUCAGCUGAGGAGAGAGAGGAGCAGGAGGAGCAGGACGAGGCUAUUCGUCAGGAUGAGCACGAGGACUUGGCACACUUGUUCAGCGAGGACCUACCUUCUAGUGACAGCUCUGAUGAUUUACUUUAGAGUCCCUUCACCUCCACCCUCCUCGAGAGCACACGACGCAGAGGCUGGGGGCUCUGGCUCAGGCAAUGCACAGGCUGGUGGCUCUGGUUCAGCAGCAGACACCUCUCGAGAUCAGUGGAUCCGAGAGAUGUUUGAGCGCCAGCAACAGGCCCAUGAGAGACAGCUACAGGCCCAGGCAGCAGCACACGAGCAGAUGAUGGCCUUGAUCUCUGGACUCUCAGCUCGUCAGGACCAAUUCCAGGCACAGUUAGCUCAGGAGAGGCAGACAACACAGUGCUUACUCCAACACCUCCUUGGACAAUCAUCCUUGGUUCCUCCUGUGCAGCAGGCUCCAACUGCUCCACUCCAAACACCUGUAGUCCCAGCGUUACAGUCUAGUGGACUUCUUGGACAGGGUGGUUUCGUUCAACAACAGUUCGUGUCCCCGUUAACCGAGUUCCCAUGUGCCUUCACUACACCGGGUUCGGGUGUGCCACAGGGUUUCGCUGGCUUGUCUCAGUCCGCUCCAGCAGCUUCUGCAGGACAGACAAAGUCAGUGUUGGCUUCCACAUCAGCAGCUACCGCCUCUUGUAGUCUCUCAGCUACUUUCAAUGAGACCAUAGGCUUGCCUACUUCAUCAGCGACAGCUAAGGCACCUGUGACAGCCUCAGGAGCUAUAGAGUCCGCCUCCACAGAGACUGUACCUUCUUCGGUGCCUGCGAUUUUUAAACCUUUAGCAAACCUCCGUAAUGAAGAGCAAGAGAGGAUGGAGCAAGGGCAACAAUUGGAGGCUGCAGUAAAACCAAACGUGAGAAUAAGGCAACAACAAACCUUGUCAAUAUUCACUAAAUUUCCAGCACAAAUUGAAAGCAAAAGAAGGCAGAUAUUAAACUCUAUAUUAACACUUGCUAUGUCUCACCUUGUCCCAUCAGCACUAAAUCAGCAGAACACAGGAGCACUAACAGAAGGGAGACCAAAGAACCUGAAAAUUUCAUGUCACUGCACAGCUCAACUCGCGCCAAUCAUCAAAGAGCAAAGAAAGCUCUCGGCUGGGAAUGCGAUGAACGGGCAGAGGCGAAGUCGGGGGAAAUGGGGCACCUGCAGGGCGGUGUCGUUGGAGGCGGUUGACGGCGUGGAAUACGUGGCCGCGGUGCACGGAGCGGCCGUCGGCCAUCAUCCAGCCCCGCAUGGCCGCGCCGACCGACGCCGCCCUCUCCACCCGCCGCGGCCAGCGAGCCCUCCUGUCCUGGAUCCUCGCUUGCCCCCUCAGCCCGAGGAGGAGGACGAAGAGGAGGCGCGGUGGCGUUGCAUCAGGAGCUGGUGA